UCCCGGGGUAAAAUAGCAAAAGUCCGGUGUGUUUGAUGAAUGAUGGCGAUUUUAACGCGUGUAGUUUCUGCUCUGAAGCUCUACGUGGUUGGGGUGAAGCUUCUGCUUUAUCAGUUCAUUCACACGCCUUUUAUUUCUCCAGUUUUGCCAGAGCAGCAUGGAAAGGUUGCCAUAGUUACAGGAGGAACACAUGGCAUCGGAUACGAGAUAGUGAAGCGACUCCUAAAGCUGGGAAUGCACGUGAUUAUAGCGUCUCAUGAUAAACAUCACGGCCUCGCUGCGGUCGAGAGACUCCGUAAAGACAUCAGGGAAGCUCAGGUGGACUUUGAGUUUCUGGAUCUGGCGUCGCUGAGCUCGGUGCGAGAGUUCGUACGGCGGUUUGAGGAACGAGGACUCCCCUUACACACUCUCAUCAACAACGCGGGUGUGAUGCUAGCUCCCGAGGAAACGACAGGCGACGGGUUUGAGCUUCACUUCUCCGUUAACUACCUCGGACACGCCCUCUUGACUCGGCUCCUUCUGGACACGCUGAUGCAUUCUGAGACGGAGGAAUGUUCUAGAGUCGUUAGCGUUUGCUCUUCGGCGCACUACGUGUCUGACAGACAGCUGCAGGACUUUCAUGGCACGCAGGAUUAUAGUCCUCAUGCCUCGUACGCUCGGAGCAAACUAGCGCAGCUGCUCUUCACCUAUCGUCUCCACCAGGAGCUGCGGUCCGGGCGCCACGCUGUGACGGUGAACGCCGUGGAUCCGGGCGUGGUCGACACGCAGCUGUACCGCCACAUGAGCCUUCCGGAGAAACUGGCGCAGAGAGCCGUGGCCUGGCUGUUGUUCAGGACUCCGGCGCAGGCGGCAGAAGUAGCCGUGUACGUCGCGGCGUCUCGAGACUUGGAAGGUGUCAGCGGCUGCUACGUGCACGAAGGCAAACGCGUGACAUCAUCAUCAGCUUCUUACGACGCAGAGCUCCAGGCUGAGCUGUGGAGGAACACCUGCAGCACGCUGAGACUCUCGGCUUCCAUCAACUAACAGGAGGAGCUUUUAAUCAAAGCAGCACUGGGUUCUUUUAUUUGCUUGUUUUUAAUGAACAAUGUACCACUGUGGUGUCUCUGUGUUUUAUUCCAUUAUUCCUUCCUGCUGUCGUCACACCUGUUUGUCUGUCUGUCUGUCUGGACCAUCUGGAUCAUCUUUACCGCAAGACUGUGAAACUGUAUAGAACUACUGUACUGUGUUAUUUAUAAUAAAAAGGAAUCAUCCUCAA